UGCAUCCGCUUAAUGGAGAAAGUGUUAACAGCAGUAUGAACUGAUAGUGAUAUCUAUGGACUUUUAAGGUAAUCAGUUAACCUAGCUAGCUAUUUUUAUUGUUGCCAUUUUAUUCGAUUUAAAUAAAAGUUAGUGAGAUGAAGAAAAAGUUUUAGACAUCAAACUUUUAAAUAUCAAUCUGUAUAUGCGAUAGACAUCAGUUAUGCUCAUCUUUACUUGCUCCUUUGGUUUUACAGAAGUUUGUUGCUCAUAACCCCCAUAAUAUAUUAUAUUAUAUUAUAUUAUUAAAUUUAGUUGUUCUUCAACAAUGUUAGUAAACAUUAAGAAUGCAUUUGAAAUCAGAGUGUAACUCUGAUGCAAAAAUCACAGAGUGUAUUUCUUGUGAAACUCAAGAGAGUCAUGUUAGAGAGCAGAGUCGAGCGGAUUAGCAUCACGUGACCUCUGACCUGUGUGCAUACCUUUCGUCCAUAUGUAGCCUAUAGCAUAGAGUGCCGGCUAAAAGGGGAAAGUGCAAUUGUCAGGGCUUUCCAUUGACAGUAAAGUGCUUACAGGCGCUGCGGGGUGAGCCUUCUGGGCUAUGCGAUGACCCUGCGGCUUUGGCACGGGCAAACUCUGAUGACGACGUGUUUCUAUUGUACGCCGAGCGCCUCUGUACUCCCCUUGCCAGGGUAUAAAAGUUAGAGCACUGGUCAGAGGGGGCCAGCACGAGCCAGCCAUCCCAGCACAGCUGUACUCAAGCAGGUAAGAGCCCAGGUGAAAUGGAUACAGCAAAAGCUGUUCUACAGCUGGGAGUCCCUUCACUAUUAUCUCAUGGAUGUAGUAGGGAAUUCACUUAUUUUUCUUUUUUGGUUUUUGUGGGAUUGAAAGCAGCCAUUUGAAAUGCAAAGCCCAAACCCUACCAUCCCUAACAUUCAACCCCUGUCCCACAACACCAGCCCUGAUGGAUAUUUUGGAGUAUAUGCACCAAUUUCCAGCCUCACAACCUUUCCCACCCUUUGCUCUUUCUCCCACAGACAUUCUUGAACCCCUUCACCAUGUCUCAGACCGCCAAGUCCACCUCCAACCAGGGCACUGAUGCCAAGGACAAGGGAGCUCCCGCCCCUGCCGCCACCAGCAAGGCUUCCAAGACCGGAGAACCCGGAUUCAUGGGUAACUACAGAAUCUUCCUGUUCGACCAGGAGAACUUCCAGGGCAGGAUGAUGGAGGUCCAGAAUGAGUGCAUGAACGUUUGUGAACGCGGAAUGGACAGAGUCCGCAGUAUCAUUGUUGAGUGCGGCCCCUUUGUUGCCUUCGAGCAGACUAACUUCCGUGGCGAGAUGUUCAUCCUGGAGAAGGGCGAGUAUCCUCGCUGGGACACCUGGUCAAACAGCUACCGCAGUGAUUGUCUCAUGUCCCUCAGACCCAUCCGCAUGGACCCCAUGGAGCACAAGAUCUGCCUGUUUGAGCUGUCUGACUUCAAGGGCAACAAGAUGGAGAUCCAGGAGGAUGACGUGCCAACCCUGUGGGCGCAUGGCUUCUGCGACAGAGUGGGCAGCGUGAGGGUCCCCGGUGGAGCUUGGGUGGGAUACCAGUACCCCGGCUACAGAGGAUACCAGUAUCUGUUUGAGUGCGGCGACUACAGACACUACAACGAGUUUUGCGCCUUCCAGCCUCAGAUUCAGUCCAUGCGCCGUGUGAGGGACAUGCAGUUCCACCAGCGCGGCUGCUUCAAUCUGACCGCCGCUAAACAGUGAACUCACCUCGCUGCGGUCUUGCAGCACAGCAACUAGCCUUCUCAUGGCACUUUUUAUCCCCGUACCUCCCCCUUUUCUCUGACUUCUCCCACCCAGAAUAGAUUCAUUUAAAUUGUCCAGGACAUCUAACUGACUUUUUAUGAUGCCAAUAAUAAACAUGUUUUGGAAAAACAAAAAAAGCUGACUUGCCUUGUUACUCUUUCCUAACUUUAUCAUUAGCAUUAAUCAGUAACAUUAAAGAAAACUACACAAAUGCACAAUUCAUUAGGCUAAAUUUCCUAGGGAAAAUGUUAAUAUUCAAAAUCU